AUGGCCAACCUGAGUCGCAUCCUCAUCCAAACGGCUUGGCUGUUUUUUGGCCUUGGCAUUACAGCAGCCGCCACAAUAGACCGUCAACAGAUCAUCGGGUUGAAGGAAGCAGACUACAGCAUACACAGCGAUCCCAGCUACCCUGACCACUCUAUUCGCAUUCGCCAGCAAGGGGAUACCCUCUGUGAUGCCGGCUCCAAACAGUACACCGGUUGGCUUGACACACCUGGGAAGCACUUCUUCUUUUGGUAUUUUGAGAGUAUGAACAAGCCGGAAGAUGAUCCCUUAAAUUUAUGGAUGACAGGCGGUCCCGGCUGCAGUGGCCUCAUUGGGAUGAUGCUAGAGCUUGGCCCAUGUUUAGUGACACCCAAUGGGCUUGGAACAAGUCGAAAUCCCUUCUCAUGGUCCAAAAACUCUUCCAUGAUCUUCAUUGACCAACCCGCCGGCACGGGUUUCUCAUAUGUAGAUGAAGACAUCGACAUGCCAUCGGACUCGUUCGUGGCUGCGGCAGACAUGACCGCUUUCCUACAGAUCUUCUAUUCUGCAUUUCCUCACCUAAAAUCCGUUCCCUUCCACAUCUCAGGCGAGAGCUACGGCGGCCACUACAUCCCUACUCUCGCAGCUGAGAUUGUGCGCUACAAUGGUCGCCCUGGGCUUGCACCUGAAGCCAAGAUUCCUCUGAAUUCCGUCAUGAUUGGAGAUGGCUUUGUCUCACCGUUGGACACUACUUACGGCUACUACGAUACCCUUUGCACCACAAAGCCCGGUGUUCCAGAACCGAUCUUCAAUGCUACGCGCUGUACUCAGAUUGCCGAAGCGUUGCCUCGUUGCGUCUACCUUCAUGAAGCUUGCUACGAGUACCCCGACCCCAUCCUCUGUCAUGCUGCAGAUUCCUUUUGCAGCAGCGAAAUCCGUGCUCUUUUCGACAAUGAGACCGGCAAGGGCGGCAGAGAUCCCUUUGAUAUCACACGCACGUGUCAAGUUGAUCAGCUAUGCUAUACUGAAGUCCUGUCGAUCGAGGCAUACGCAAAUACUCCACAGAUGCGUCAAGCUUUGAACGUGCCUAAGAACUUCAAAAACUUCACCAUCCUAAACAUGGACAUUCAUGAGCUGUUCUGGAAAGGCAAUGACUUGUUUGUCAACACAGCGCCAGAAGUCAAGUACAUUCUCGAGGCAGGAAUAGAUGUGUUGGUGUACAAUGGGAAUCUCGAUCUAGCUUGCAAUACUGCAGGUAACUUGCGUUGGACGGAGAAAUUGUCCUGGGCUGGCCAAGCCGAGUUUGUUUCUCAGUCAAUGAGGCCGUGGUUUGCUCCGAAGGAUGGCGAAACAGUAAUGGCUGGAACAAUGAAGGAGGUUAGAGCUCUCACGAUGCCUGGGGCUACGAGAGCGUCUAGGUUUGCAUUUGUAACGGUGGACAGGGCUGGACACAUGGUGCCAUUGGAUCAACCUGAAAUAUCACUUCACUUGAUUCAAACCUGGAUGACGGGUGGGGAGUUCUAGGAACACCGUG